AUGAAAACUGCCAGAGCAAUUAUCAAAGCUUCCCUGAGCUGCAUAUUGUGGCUUUCCAUAAUCGUGGCAAUUAAUGCAUCAGACCCAGAUCCUGUGCAGGAUUUCUGUGUGGCUGAUACUACUCAAGCUAAUGUGAGGGUCAACGGUUUUCUGUGCAAAGACCCAAAGGCGGUGAACGCAUCAGAUUUCUUGUUUAGGGGACUAGGUAAUCCACUCUCAACCAACAAUAGUUUUGGGUUCAAUAUCACACAAGCUAACGUUCAAACUUUGCCCGGAUUAAACACUCUAGGCAUAUCAAUUAACCAUGGAGUUUUUGCCCCUGGUGGUUUGAAUCCCCCUCAUAUUCAUCCUCGUGCUACUGAGAUCAUAUUUGUAAUGGAGGGCACUAUUUUGGUUUGUUUUAUCAGCACAAAUAAUAUGUUGUUCUCAGAAAAGUUGGAGAAAGGAGAUGGUUUUGUGAUUCCAAGGGGCUUAGUACAUUUUCAGCAGAACGUGGGGGCAUCAUAUGCCACUACAAUUACUUCUCUUAACAGCCAGCUUCCUGGAGUUCAAGUGGUUGCAUCUGCAGUCUUCGGAGCCAAUCCUCCGAUUCCACAAGAUGUAUUGGCCAAGGCAUUUAAUAUCAAUGACCAACAGAUCAAGGAAUUAAUUGCUGGACAAGGCUCUGCACCUGCAUCACCACCUGUAGGGUAUUAAUCCGCUUUUGUGAGACCAUUCUUGUGAGAGAAGAUGCCAUCUUGUCUCUCUUAGACUGUUCUUACUCAAUUUGAUUUAUUUCUUUCUUGUCAGCUGUUUUGAAGCUGCACCCAAUAAGAGCCUCAUCCUACUUGGAGGCCGAACUGAAUAAAUAGU